AGGAAAGCGGUGGCCCCGCCCCCGCGGUGUCCGGCUCAGCGCUGCCGGCAGCCGGGACGGGGCAAGAGGAGGUGGGCGGCAGUGACCGGCGCCGGUCGCUGGCGCUGCAAACCGCACCGUCUCACCAUGAUAGUGCGUCCCCAGAGCGUGCAGCAUCCCCGAGGAAGUCGGUGCCAGCGGCUGCCGGGACAGGUAGUGAAGAUGUCCAGCAGCGACUCCGAGCGCCCCCAGCUGCUGUUCGUGAAGGUGCUGGCGAACCGGGGGCGGCUGGAGGCGGUGACCCAGCAGAUGGGCUACCACCCGCAGUACCUGGACAGCUUCCUCAAGACGCAGCACUAUCUGAUGCACAUGGACGGGCCGCUGCCCUUCGACUGCCGCCACUACAUCGCCAUCAUGGCAGCCGCCCGGCACCACUGCCGCUACCUGGUGAACCUGCACGUGCUGCAGUUCCUGCAGGCGGGGGGGGAUCCCCAGUGGCUGCGUGGCCUCGACUACAUCCCCCCCAAACUCCGCAACCUCAACGAGAUCAACAAGAUCCUGGCACACCGGCCAUGGCUCAUCACCAAGGAGCACAUUGAGAAGCUGCUGAAGAUCAGUGAGUGGAGCUGGUCGCUGGCAGAGCUGGUGCAUGCUGUUGUCCUCCUGGCGCACUGCCAUGCCCUCGCCAGCUUUGUCUUUGGCUGUGGCUGCGAGCAGGACGAGGGGCUGGGGGGCCGAGGCUCGCUGAAGGCCUUGUCCCCUGGGAACCAGUGCUUCUGCGAAGCCACCGCCGGCAACGGCUGCAUCCAGGAGCUGCUGCGUGUCAACCGCAAACGGUCCCUGGACUCCUGCAUGGAGCUGGAUUCUCUGCGGGAACGCAUGCAGCGGAUCCACGUGGAGACUGAGGGCAGGGAGGAGAUGAGGCUGCUGCAGCAGGACCGGGAGGAAGGACUCUCCCCUCCAGCUGAUCCCGACGGGGCAGUCACCAGUGCCACCAAUCUUGCAUGCUACAUGCAGGACCCUGACUUUGGAUACCAGGACUUUGCGCGGCGUGACGAGAAUGAGACGCAGGUAUUCAGAGUCCAGGAUUACUCCUGGGAGGACCAUGGCUUCUCACUGGUCAACCGGCUCUACUCUGACAUCGGGCAUCUCCUAGAUGAGAAGUUUCGGAUGGUGGAUGGCCUGCAAAGCACGGCCAUGGCCAAGAGGCAGGGCUGUGAACCCUCUGUCUUCAAGCGGGGCAUCUGGAACUACAUCCACUGCAUGUUUGGCAUUAGGUACGAUGACUACGACUACGCGGAGGUGAACCAGCUGCUGGAGCGAGUGCUCAAGGUGUACAUCAAAACUGUCACCUGCUACCCGGAGAAGACCAACGCAGAGAUGUUUGACAGGUUCUGGAAGCAGUUCAAGCACAGUGAAAAGGUCCACGUGAACCUGCUGAUCCUGGAAGCCCGGAUGCAGGCAGAGCUGCUGUAUGCACUGCAGGCCAUCACCCAGUACAUGAUUUCCUAGAGGGUGGGGAGCUGUGCUGCGGCAGGGCCGGGCACCAUCCCUUCCCUGGACUUGUGUGAGCUGUCAUGCUGGGAUGGCCGCCAAAGGAUUGCUCAAUUUAGCUGACCUGACUGUCUUGUUCUUUUGCCCACCCCCAACACCCUCCGUGGGGCUUGCUGAGUGGUCCCGUUACGUGCAAUUACCAAACUGUGAGGCAAAUCCGUGCUGCUGAGAUGUCAGUGUGAUGCUGGAGACUUGAACAUGUCCAAGAAGGACUGCCAAAGAUGCAGGAGGUGGGAAGGGACUGGGGCUGGUUUUGAGGGCUGCUCCUCUCUCAGCAUGGCUGUGUGCUGCAGGAGCCUUGGCCUCUGCAGGGAGGGCAAAGGGGAGAGCUGGUUUCCCUCCCUGUGCUGCUGCAGUUGCCCUUCUUGCAAGCCACCCCUUGGUGCUUGGCCUCCUUGAUGAUGCAUCUCGCUUGGGAGCAGUGUCAACAGCUUGUGGGCACAUUGCAGCAUCCUGAGUUCCGUGGUCAGGCAGGGGAGAGUGUGGGCUCCAAACGAGGGCUUUUCUCCAGCCCAGCAUGGGAUGGGGAUAUGCUUGCUGCCUACCUGUCCUGUCCUGUCCUUUAGGUCUAUGUGCCAAACCCCUCUGGGAUGGACAAGCAGUGACCCAGGUGAACUCCAAACUGUGAAGCUCUUGCUGGCAGGAUUCCUGUAGCGCUCUCACAAGAGGUUGAGAAAGUCUCUGACAGUGUUCAGGCUCUGGAGUUUCCUGCAGGGGACUUCGGACAGUCGUUUAGGAGAUUGUCUCCAGCCCCCUCCUCUACCUCCUCUCAGCAGGAGGGCAGGAGGAACAAAAAAAGCUUCCUGAGUUACUGUAUCUUCUGAGAGGACUCGGGUCCUGUGCCCAGUCACUUAGUGCUGAACAGCGUUGUGGAAGAGCCUGCAGCCAUCACGAGAGGGCUACAGAAAGCUGCCUGAAGCUGGGCUGCCCUGCUGGAGUAGAGGCAGCCCAGUCCAUGCCCUCUGCCUGGCAAGCAGAAGCCUGCACCAGGGCUCCAGAACUGCUCUCCGCCUGUGCAGCAGCAGCCCCGGGCUGGGGAGGUGCUCCAGCAAGCAGCCCUAGAAGAGGAACGAGGGCACCUGUGCUCAACGGAGCCUGCAGCAAGGGCAGCUGUGGAGCCAGCCCAGCACACACUGCUUCCGUCAACCUGUUUACUGCGUAAAUGUACCGGGAGAAAACUUUGUGUAUGGAAGCUACAGAAAAAGCCUAUUUUUGCUAUAAAUAUAUUAUGUUUGACAUGGA